AUGGCGCCCGCUCAUCACACCUCAGCUACCGCGCUCCCCCGCUGCCAUGCAGCCCCGUGCUUACUUCGCAGCCCUGUUGACGAUGCCGGGGGUGGAGGGGGGGGAGUUUCGCUGUUGUUGUUUCCUCUCUCCCUUCUUUUUUUUUUAAUCUGCUGGGGCGCGCUGCUCGACGAGAGGCCCGCAGACUGCUGGAGGAAGGAGCACAUCCAGCGUCAGCAGGAGGUCCACGUGGUGUUGGGCAAUGAGGCCUGUGAUCUGGACUCCACCGUGUCUGCUCUGGCCCUGGCAUAUUUCUUGGCAAAGACCUCCCCGACAUCCAAAGCUGCUUUCAUCCCUGUGCUGAACAUCCCGCGCUCGGACUUCAGUCUCCGCACAGAGACGGUGGCCCUGCUGCGGCAGCAGUGCAUCCCGGAUGCCUCCCUCAUCUUCCGCGACGAGAUCGACCUGGCCGGGCUGCACCGAGCUGGGCUGCUAUCCCUGACACUGGUCGACCACCAUGUCCUGCCCAGGAGUGAUGCAGCCCUGGAAGAUGCCGUGGUGGAGGUCAUCGACCACCGGCCGCUGGAGCGGGACCGGGCUCCACGCUGCCAGGUAACAGCGGAGCUGGUGGGCUCCUGCGCCACGCUGGUGACGGAGCGGAUUGCCCAGGGUCCGCCGGGGGUGCUGGACAGACUGACGGCAGCACUGCUGCACGGCACCAUCCUGCUGGACUGUGUGAACCUGAGCCCUGCAGGAGGCAAGGUGACACCCAGAGACACAGCCUGCGUCACCCUGCUUGAGUCCAGGUUCCCUGAGCUGCCGGCCCGCAACAUUGUCUUUGAAGCUUUGCAAGCAGCCAGGUUCGACGUCUCAGGCCUCACGACGGAGCAGAUGCUGCGGAAGGACCUCAAAGCCCUCUCUAGUGACGAGCUGGCCCUCGGCAUCAGCGGGAUCUACAUGGACUUGGAGGUCUUCUUGCACCGGCCCGGCUUGCUGCAGGACCUGGAAGCUUUCUGCCAGGCCCGUGGCUUCGCAGGGCUUGUGGCCAUGACGAUCUCUUUUAAUGAGCGUAGUGAACCCUUCCGGCAGCUUGCGGUAUACAGCCAGCGCGAGGCUGUCCGGAGUGCGAUGUGCCGGGCGCUGGAGGAGGCCACGACACCGCCCUUGCACCUCCAAGCCCUCCCCAGCCCCUGGCCCUGCAUCAAAGCCUACACCCAGGGCAACACGUUGGCAUCACGGAAGAAGGUCCUACCCAUCCUCCGGACUGUCCUUGCGGUGCCGGAGGGGCCGUCAGCGCCGGAGGAGGACGUGGCCCUGCCACCCACCCCUGUGAACAGCCUGGUGGACGAGUGCCCACUGGCCCAGGCCGUGCCCCCGCUCUGCCCCCAGGCCGUCUUCGAGCGGGUCAGCCGCAUCGCUGCUGGGCAGCCCCCAACUUCCCUGGCCCCCGGCAGUCCCCCAAAAUGACCGGUGGGGCACCCCCAAACCCUGGUUAGCGGCACAAGGUAGCUUUUGGGGACUCCUGAGGGCGUUUGGUACGUGGGCACCCCCUCCCCCAUGGGGGAAACGGGAUGCCCCCCCGGGCCCAGCUCUAAUCCUCCUCCUCAAUUAACCCCCUUCGUCUGAGUUGGGGUUUCCAUGCUGGAGCUGUUUAUUUGUGGCAGUUCACCUCCUGAUGGACUUCCAGCCCAGAUGGUGCCUGCUGGGUUCAUGUGUGCAGCGAGUUUGUUGGGCGGACGGCUCCAUGCUGCAGGGACCCCUCAGGGAGCGGGGCUGGACCAGGGGCAGCGGCCGUGCGGUUGACGAAGGCGUUUGGGGGAGUUUUCAACGAUUCCUUGCCGUUCUUGCCCACUCGGGGGGUUGACGGGGAGCACGGGUGUCCGGUGCCUCACCCGCCUUGCAUGGCGAUGUUUGCACAUGCUGCCCAGGAGGGGCAGUUCAGGACUGUUUUCAGAGUAGUUUGAGGAUUAAAUUUCCCUCUUUUCCUCCA